AUAAUGUUUUUCAUUUGCAGUGAAUAAUUAUGCAGUCCCUCAUUCAGCUCAUUGUUUGUAUACUGGUUGCUAAAGAACUAAAUAGAGCAGAAGCUAUUUAUUGUAAUCGUGAUCCAGAAGACAUACACACACCGAAAUCAAAAAACAGUCCUUUUAGAAUCAGAAUCAGUGGAAACCCUGAUAAAUAUGUGCCAGAAGGAGUCUACACAGUGAGUCUGCGUGGCCAGCGAAGUGGAAGAUAUCAAGCAACUUUUGAAAGGUUCAUGUUGGUGGUUGAACCCAAAGACCACUCUUCAUCAGAAAACAAUGACACUGGAGAUAAAAAUGUGGGAAGUUUUGCUCUGGUGGGGAACACCAUUGCAAAAUACAGCAAUCAAUGUCCCAAUGCCAUCAUACAGAUGUCAUCCUUAAAAAAGGCUGAGGUCAAAGUGACUUGGACAGCACCCCCUCCUGGCAGUGGCUGCGUAGUUUUCAGGGCAACUAUCGUGGAAGACCAUGAAGUAUGGUACAAGGAUGGUGAACUAAGUCAUGAGUUUUGUGAGGAUGAUCAGGAGAAUGAAUUUUACCAGCCUGAGUUUGAUUUUACUUGCUAUGCUUGUGAUGAUGCUCUGUAUGAGAUGACAUUUGAGGGAUUGUGGUCAAAAUAUACACACCCAAAGGAAUUUCCAGAAAAUGGGUGGCUGACUGGAUUCACUGAUUUGAUAGGAGCUUCUCAUUCACCUCAUUACUAUUUCUGGGAGUAUGGCAGAUUUGCUUCAGAAGGCCUGAGAUUGGUGGCAGAAUUAGGUUCCACCCAUGAACUGGAGAAAGAAAUCAUAGCUAAGAGUAAAAAUAUCCGCACAAUAAUCAAGGCACGAGGACUUGCGUACCCCAAUGUGACUGGCAAGACGAGCACAUUCUUCCGAGUAGAUAGAAAACAUUAUCUGUUUUCAGUUGUUUCCAGGAUAGCUCCAUCUCCAGAUUGGAUAAUUGGAGUAUCUGGGAUCAACCUCUGUCUAAAAAAUGGCAGCUGGGUGGACUACAGGGAGUUUGAUCUGUACCCCUUGGAUGCAGGCACUGACAAUGGAAUCACCUAUAUGUCUCCUGAUGAGCCCACUUCACCACACAAGGUAGUAAUCCGCAUCACUUCAAGCUAUCCUAAUGAUCCACGUUCACCAUUCUAUGACCCAUCAGGAUCUAAGGUUCUGCCAUUGGCUCGUCUGUAUCUCAGAAGAUGGCAGUUAUUUGAAAGAGAGUGUUGUAAUGAAAGUGAAGAGAAUUGUAACGUGGAUCAGCAGCUAAAAAUGGGAAAUUUAAAGAAAAAAAAGGAAAAGAGAAAGCAAAUCUGGUUGCCUGAUGACGAGGAAAUAGAUGGAGUUGCAAGUACUUCAGAACCAGAGGUUACAGACGACACCACUAAAGAAGACUCUACAGUUGUCAGUCCUUUGAAUGAACUGUCAUCAAGUUACUUUCUAGACUUCAACAUGACAUAUGGUCUCAUGGUCUCUACUCUUCCCACCUACAAUUUUGAAUCUGAAGUUGAGCCUAGAAACGUAGUUGAGGGAAGAGUUAUAGAUUGUGUUGUCAGUCGCUGGACUCGGUGGUCUAAAUGCAGUGUGUCCUGUGGAUGUGGCUACAAAACCAGGAACCGAUCAAUUCUGGUUCACUCACGAAAUGGAGGGAAAGCUUGUCCAAAACUUUUAAGAACAAAGAAGUGUUUGAAAAAGUGUGAAUGGUGAAAUCAAGGAGGAUGACAUGGGCUGGGUAUGUAGCAAGCAUGGAAGAGACGAGAAACAAUACAAAGUUUUAGUCAGAAAGACUGAAGUCAAGAGACCACUUGGAAGAUUUAGGCAUAGAUGAGAUGAUAAUAUUAAAAUGUAUCUAAACGAAGUAGGGUGUGGAAUAGAUUCAUUUGGCUGAGGAUGGUCCAAUGGUGAGAUAUUGUAAACACAGUAAUAAACUGCAAGUUCCAAAAAAGGUAGAGAAGUUAUUGACCAGCAGGACAACUGUAAGCUUGUCAAGGAUGACUCAGCUGCAAGGAGUUGUAAUCAUCCUUUUAACUUCUUUGGAGAUGCUAGUACUGAAAAUGGAAAGCUAACUGAUAUAAAAUCUGAAAACCAUGAAAGAUUGUGGUGUGUACACCAAUGACAUAAGUGCUCCCCAUAUAGCAGUAUAUUUCACUUCAAAAGUUAUAGGCACAAGAAUAUUUUCAUCACAUUUUAAUUCUUAAAUUAUUCUCAUUUAAUAUUGCUGACAUGAUUAGUCAUUCUGACUGAAAAUAAUUUUAUUACCAAUACAGUGGACUUUUGUUUAUCCAUAUGAUUAUUAAGUCUGUGGAUUAUCUGUGACCAUUCUUAUUAUUUUCAUUACUUAUUCAAUGUAUUGAAAGUUUUAAAACUGCUCAUUGAUGUGUUAGGGAUGGGUUGUUUGUGAACAAGUCAUUCAGAGUGAACAACUCACUCAUGAGAGCUGUGAAUGACUCACUGUCCUUCAUUGAGUGUAUCGUUUGCUUCAUGAAUGAUUUACUGCACAGCUCCCCUGCACAUAUCUUCCUCCUUGCCCAUGAGAGUCACAAAUGAAAGUAGGACAGGAGAGGUCCUUGAGUGACUGAUGAAUUCUCAGUUGCCUGAACAAUGAGACUCAGAUGAAAUUAUUUGUUUGAAUUACUCAUUUUUAUGAGUGAACUAACUUGCAACAGUGAACUGGCUGGACCCAUCACUGUGUUGUACACAUAAAUGCUUGUGAACCGUUCAUUUAUCUCUUUUCCAUUAUGUGUUUCUACUAGUCUUUUUUUAAUGGGUUCCUUUAUAUUAAUAGACUUUAUUGGCAAGCAAUAAUGCAGCUCACAUAAGAGUAAUGAACUCUAACAUCAGGUGACGUGAAAUUACUGUAAUUAAAUGAAAUUGUCAGUAUUUCAAAUGUGUAUUGUUAAAAAUCCUACUUCACUUUAAUUGUGUGUAUAACUUGCAAAAUAGUACAAUUGUGCAUUUAUUUUUUACUUUAAUAUGCUUGAUUAGAAUACUGCAUAUAUCUAUAUUACUGUAAAAUCCAACAGUUUAAAAAGAAAAUUACAAAUGUGUUCAUUACUAUUCUGCAUUCUUCACUGAUUUACAUAUUAAUUUAUUUUGGAUACAAAUAUGCUAUUCAUGGGGCUAAUUAACAGUAGUGCAUUGCAUGAUAAUAAACUAUAUUAUUGACAGAGAUGUUGACAAUAAAGGUAUUCUGCAACAAAAAAUUUGUAUACUUUUUCACUUGCAUCUCAUUAGCUAUUACAUAUCAGAAUUAUAUAUCUUAAUGAUAUCUGGGAUACUGGGAACGACCCGUUCUUCAAGUGCCUGAGCACUGCGGGUCCCAACUUUUCUUUGGCUUG